UGCUUAGCUAUGGCGGCGACAGCGAAGAGCUUGAAACUUUUCAUUGUAACCUGUUUACAUCUUGCUUUCUUUUCAACGAUCACGUUUAUCAACGCUGCAGACCUGACGUGGGAUGCAAAUGGAUAUGUUCUUUAUUGUCCAUGCAUGGGUCGGUUUGGAAAUCAAGCGGAUCAUUUUCUCGGCUCUUUGGCUUUCGCCAAAAUGCUAAACCGAACUCUAGCGGUUCCGCCGUGGGUUGUUUACCGACAUCAUGCACCUCCUUUUACAAACGUGCAUGUUCCUUAUACUGAGUAUUUCCAGUUGGAGCCCCUCAAGCAAUACCACCGUGUGGUCAGUCUGGAGGACUUCAUGGAGCAUUUGGCCCCCAAACAUUGGCCCCAGGGUCAGAGAGUUGCCUACUGCUUUGAGUCUGCCGCUCACAGGAGCCCUGACAAGAAGACCUGUCCUAUGAAGGAUGGGAACCCCUUUGGACCUUUCUGGGACCAUAUUGGAGUCGAUUUUGAUCGCUCAGUACUAUUUGGAAGUCUGUUAUUCAGCUCCUAUUACCAACCACACUGGAAGUCGAGGUUCCCUCCAUCAGAGCAUCCGGUUAUAGCUCUUCCAGGAGCCCCAGCACAGUUCCCAGUACUGGAAGAGCAUGUGGGUCUGCAGCAGUAUGUGGUGUGGUCUGACAAAAUAGUACAAGAAGGAGAGAAUCACAUCAACACCUUGUUAACCAGACCCUUUGUGGGCAUCCAUUUGAGAAUUGGUUCUGACUGGGUAAACGCAUGCAAGCUGUUGCAGUCAGGGGAUGCCGGUCCUCACUUCAUGGCAUCGCCGCAGUGUGUUGGGUAUGACCGUCAAAACGCCCUGCAGUUGACCAUGACCAUGUGUUUGCCAGAGCUGUCUGAGAUCCAGCGUGCUGUCAAACUUUGGGUAAAGAAGACGAAUGCUCAGUCAGUAUACAUAGCCACCGACUCGGAAACACACAGUGCAGAUAUUCAGAAACUCUUCAAGGGCAAGGUGAAAGUGGUCAGUUUGCGUCCGGACACGGCUCAGAUUGACCUGUAUAUCCUCGGCCAGGCCGAUCACUUUAUUGGAAACUGUGUUUCAUCCUUCACCGCCUUUGUUAAAAGGGAAAGAGAUAUUCAUGGGAGACUCUCAUCAUUCUUUGGAAUGGACUUUCCAGGAACAAGGAAAAGCAAAGAAGAGCUCUAAUGUAAUUUUAGCAUGUUACAUUGUGAUGAACAAGUGAAAAUGAUGUUUCAAGUUUGAUUAGAAAUCAGAGGUUUCAGUUGAGAAGUAUUGAAUACCAAAAAGUAUUUAACUGAAGGCUGAAGGAAGGAAGUUAGUACAUUAUUAACUUCACUGGACAUUGCAUAUUAUCAUACACACAUCUCCCUUUGCUGAUGUGAAGAGUUUUUUUCCUGCCACUCUUCUACCUUUACUGUGGGCCGCCAUAAAAUAAAUAAUUUGGUCCACUAUAUAUUUCUUUCCCAGAUAGAUUUAUAAUUGGAUAUUGAAUACUACAAUGCUAUUAAAACUUUUGUAUUUACUGAGUGGAUUGUGUUUUUGAGGAUUGAAACCAACUGUGAACUUUGACGAAAUGACAGAGAGAGAGAAAGAGAGUUAGUAAAGUGUUUAUAAUGUUAGAAAUUGCACUUUUAAGGUGAAGCCGACCUCCAGAGGCACCAGGUAAUGUGAUGCUGUCAUUUUUUAAUAUGAAUUCACGAGUUCGCAUUAACAUGUAAUCGAAAGGGAAUGAGAUAAAGCAUAUUUAUAGGCACCUCUUUGCACUGAUUGGUUGGAUCACAUGACCAUGCUCCUCCCGAACUUAGUUAAAUAAACUUCAUUAUAUGCGACUAUAAAAUAAUGUUCAUUUUCUCAAAUUUUCAAUAAUGAAAAUGAAUGCGAUUAUCAAUGUCUUGUGAAGUUUUUGAUAUCUACAAUAGUAACGCAUCUGAAGUAAAAAAAAAAAAGUUUAGAAAUGCCAAAAAUGUUUAAUAAGUGUUUUAAAGCAACACUAUGUAGUUUUUUUACCUUUAAAUAAUGUCUCUAAAAUUAUUUCACUUAUAGAACAACUUUUAACUGGACAAAUUGUACAGUUGCUGCAACCUGAGCAGCCUCCUAGCUGCUACAAGCACACUCUGAAAGUGGCGGUGGAGGGUAGGAAACACAGCCCCGCCCCUCCCCCUGCCUGCAGAAGAGUGUCUGAUACCAGGCACUGUUGCGCUUUUUAACCACAUGGGGGAGCUAUAAGUCAUUUUUACAUGGAAACUACAUAGUGUUGCUUUAAGCUGUUUGUAAGUAAUUUUGUACAAAUUCAAAUGGC